AUGCAGUCGUCUAGGAAUAAUAUAUGGCUCGCGCUGUUAGUGAUUGCUAUAGGGGCCUUGCUUGCGGGACUUGGAGUACUGCUGUGGUGGUUGAUAGUAGACCGACAUGAAAUCAGUACCAACAUUCUGCUGGAAGGCACAGGUUUAGGCGAUGUGCAACAAACUGCGGCCUUGACGCGAUUAGGGCGGGCAGGGGAAAUGUUCUGGUGGUUCUUCCCCACACUGGCCAGUGCAGGCGUCGCUCGGCCCAUCAUUCUAUGGUUGGACGGUGUCACCGGCUUGCCGCCCAGUGCAUUUGCCAAUUUCGGAAUGUUCGGACCUCUUGAUUUCAAUCGCAAUAAAAGAAACGAUUCCUGGAUCAACGAGUACAAUUUGUUGUUUGUCGACGCUCCUAUAGGCACUGGAUUCAGCAAGGCUAGGACUGACAACAGAAUUCCUCAGGCUUUAGAAGAAAAUGCAAACCACUUGGUGCACGUACUCAGGGCAUUUUACACCCACCAUGAAGCCUACCAAAGAUCUCCGUUGUACAUUUUUGGUCAAGGUCAUGGCGCUCAGCUUGCUGUAUCACUGGCCAUCCAACUCACAGACGUAGACUUUUCUCACAAUCUUCAAGGAGUAGUCCUGGGAAAUGGUAUAAUUUCGCCGGCUCUCGCUCUCACAAAACUUGGUUUUUAUCUAGAGGAAAUGGGCUACAUAGAUGCCACGGGGCGUGCAGUCAUUGAAGGCUUUUCAGCAGAAACAAACAGAUUAGUCAAUAAUGAAGACUAUGAAGAAGCUUACGACAAAUUCCUCUCCUUGGGGCGAAUUGUCGAAGAGGAAGCUGGAACUGUCGCUGUUAAUUUGAGACGUAUUACAGAUAAGCUGGUUCGAAAUCCAUCAGCUGCGGAUUAUUUUGGGCAAAAGAACUACCUUCGCUCUAUGCUGGACGAUGUGGAUAUCAACAAAUUCAUGAUGGAGACAGUGGCGCCUUCCUUGGGCAUCUCAAUUACAUUUGACGCGCAACGCGACGCUGUUGUCAACGCUUUUAGGAGUUCUUUCAUGGUGCCUACAGUCGACAAAGUGGAAUACAUCUUAUCCAAUACCAGCUUUAAAGUUGCAAUCUACAACGGCAACCUAGACGCUGUGUCAACUACUCCGGGUCAACUUGAAUGGAUCGACAAUCUGGAAUGGUCGGGACAAGACGCGUUUAGAAAUAGCGAACGACAGCCCAUCGCAGUGAAUUCACUGCUGCAAGGCUAUUUCAGGGAGACUGAACGCUUAACUUUUUACUGGAUUAAUGCGGCUGGACAAUCGGUGCCUCUUGAUAGCCCAGAAGCGGCGCAACGAAUUCUACAAAAAAUCAUUUUCAAUAUUUGAAUUUUGAAAAGAUUCUGAUUAAUAGGUUACAUAUAUCAUCACUAUUACUCAUAUAUUACACAUAUAUUAUCACUAUAUCAUAACAAAACUAGUGGAGUUAUUUCACAAAAAAAUCCAAUAAAUUCAUUUGAUCGUAAAGCGACAUCUGCGUCAGUUGUGGUACUUAUAAAGGCAUCGGCAAAGGCUGCGCUGCGGUGAGAAGGUUAUUCAAAAAUCUCUCACUAGAUGUCACUAGCGGCGACGAAUGCCGAAAGCCAGUACAAAGAUCUAUACAAAAACACAGGAGAAAUUCGAUGGCUCGGUAACUGGACCCACAGCUCAGUUGGUAAAAAGCAACGCUACAAUGCAGCAUGGAUGUGUGUUCAAGUCCCACCGGGUCGACGAACUUUUUCAUUGUGUUUGAUCUUUGUAUUCAUAAUCAUAACAAAACUAGUAGAGUUAUUUCCCAAAAAAAUUCAAUAAUUAGGUUAUAAUAUCAUUCACAAAAAUGUCUAUAAAUAACUUUAUCCUGUCUCUCAUUUUUUUCCGAAUUAAUAAAUAAAAAUUAAAUUUUAGAAAGCUCUAAGAAUUAUCGAAAAAUAAAAUUUUAGAAUCAC